CCAAUCGUUCAAUAUAUAACAAAAUUAGUAAUUGUUUUAACAUUUUAGUGUACUAACUGCGGUCCUGUCAUGUUGCCAAGGUAAACUUCUCAAGCAUCAUCUGGCAGUUCGGGAAAAGGCAUUGGAGUAGUAUCAUCAUGAACGUGAGGACAUACAACCCGUCCGUCAGAGUUGGCAAUUGGAAUGAAGACAUACAGCUAGAGGAGGACACCCUGAAGGAUUUCCUUGAGAGAAGGCAGAAUGGCCAACUCCUCAUCCAGCAGUCUCACAGUCUUGGAGCAACAUUACUCCAGAAGAGAGACCUGAGUGUAUCACUUGAUGGAUGUGUCCACUUCGGAGAUGUUGUGAUGCUGACAUGCCCGGAGGCAGUAGACAGAACCAAAUACUCAUCCGGCGUUAAUCCCCGGGACCAGUGUGCACUGGCUGCCAGUUCCAUGGAUAUAACUGGUUCCAGGAACAUGGAGCCAGUCCUGCGAUCUGUGUUCGUCAUCAAGAGUGUGGACGGUUCUGCAGAUGCUCAGCCUCUGAAAUAUGGUCAAGCUUUCCACCUCUCUACUGUUGAUGAGGCAGGGAAUCUGCUGCUACACAGUGACCAGGUUUCAUUCGGGAAAACUGCCAAGAAGUCUCGCCAUCAACGGGUAUCUCUAGUGUCCGAGGCCUCCUACCUAACGCAGUGGCAGGUCAAGUAUCACGACCCGAGGCUCAGGAUGGAGUUUGAAGGGGCACCUGUUCCAGCAAAUGACUUAGUGAUCAUCACCCAUUGUAAGACAAAUCAGAAUCUGGCUGUCGAGCAGGCCUUCCUUUUGGGAACCCCUAUGGGCCGAGAAUAUGAGAUUUCCUGUCACACCUUUCUCAACUCACACAAAGCUGAGGAAGACGUCAACAAAUGGACAUUCAAACUAUCCAUGCCAGGAAAUGAUAUUUAUCCCGUUGCCAAGGAAACCAGCAAUGUAACUUCAGAAUGAAGCCCUCCCACGUCAGCCAAUGUAGAGCAGAACAACUGAUUCCAGCACAGGGAUUCACAAAACACAAGAUAGUGACAUAUUUUAAGUUUCAUUUCAUAUUUAUGAAAAACAGUUCAUAAUGCCAUGUAACAGGCUAUGUUUUUGUAAAUAUUACAACAAAUUCUAGUGACCUUUAUCAAAUCCUGUUUAAGUGAAUACUUUGUGUUUUUUGUGUAAAUAAUGCCAUCAUUAUAGAUUAAAUUGGGAAGUGCCAUUUUCAUGUUGCGUGGAUUGGGGAAAUUCUCAUCCUUCAGUGACUUCUUUACAGGUUUAUUGUUCUGUUUUUACAAAUAUAUGAUCUUAGUUUGUUCUGAAUCUUUUUCUUUUACUUCUUGUAUUUUAUUCCAUGGAUAUUAUUUCUGAAUUUGGUCACAUGAUUGUGUGAAUAGACGUCAGUACAAUACAGUUACAUUCAGGGCAGAUUUGGGCUUAAUUGACAUUAGCAUAUAUGCAAAAUCAGACAUCAGAAAUGUGCGGAGUUAUGUCCCUUUUUGUCACUCAUUUGUAUGUUCAAGAUUUUGCCUGCUUGUUAUAUGUUUAAAUAUAUGUACAUAUAUGUAUAAAACAUACAUCAAAACAUA